AUGGACAGUGAGAACUUUGGCUUCGUUGUGGAGCGGUAUGACGCUCAGGCUGAUCUCAUGCGUGAGUAUCAGCUUACUGUCUUCAAGCCGCACAAGGGGCCUCUGGAGGUCGCGAUGUACGAUCCGAAAGCCCAUCGGAGCUUCCUGAAGCGGACGCCGAUUCCUGACUUGAAGAUUGAGGAUCUGACGGUAGGCAGCACGGUCACCAUUUACGCCAGGCACCUCAAGGUGAAGGCUUAUGCAGAUUCCCAUACGCGGAGUGCCUUAGAGUCGAAGCGAACAUCGCUCGCAGUGCUGCUCCAGCCUCCUGCAUUUCCGCGGCUGGGCCAGAUCAUCAGCCAGAUCGAGUCAGUGAGCCUCAAGAUCAAGAAGUUCCGUCUUGUCAAUGACAGCGGUCCUGUCGUGGCACUGGAGGUGAUGGGCGACGACGCAGACCUGCUAUGGAGCCAAUGCUCUGCGCAUCUGCCUGGAGGGUCCUUCAAGCAGGUGACGCGCGCAGAGGUUGAGCCGUACUUCGCAGACAGGGAACGCUUUCCAUGCACCGCAGCCUUCGACCACUGUACUCUCUGUGUAGUUAGGCCGCAUGCCCUGAAGGCAGGCAAAGCCGGUGAGAUCAUCGCCGCCAUUCAGAGUGCCGGCCUGGAGAUCUCCGCAGCGGAGAUGCUUCACCUCCAGCACGCUGAAGCUGCAGAACUCCUAGAUGUCUACAAAGGGGUGGUCCCCUACCACAAGGAGAUGGUGGACGGAAUGAGCAUUGCGCCCAUGCUGGCACUGGAGGUGCGCGCAGAAGACUCCGCGGUGGAGAAGCUGAGAGAGCUCUGUGGGCCAUAUGAUGUGGACAUGGCCCGACACCUGCGGCCGCAGUCACUGCGUGCCCGCUUCGGCAUGGAUAACGCGAACAAUGGCGUCCAUGCGACAGAUCUCGAGGACGAUGCAGAGUUCGAGGUGCGCUACGUCUUCGAGAUGCUGGCCAUUCAGGCGAGGUGA